AUGAAAGGCACAAUUGCUUCUCUUGUUUUGCUCGCUCUUGAGCUUACACUUUGUCUUGUUUCAUCACGUUGGCAUUCAGUUGAAGUUAAUGAUACUCAAAUAUGUUUCAAAAAUCUUUUUGUUCGUUUUAAUACAUCUUCAUCAAAACAUCAAUAUUUACAUGUUGGUCCACUGUAUUCAUCUCGUUUGGUCAAAGCAGAUAAUACCUUUGAAAGUUCAUCAACUGAUCAUGCCAAAACUGAAACAAUUUUGAUCAUUACUGGUAUUGGUUUUAUAAUCAUCUCGGCUAUUACUUUAUCAUCAAUCGAAUUCUGUUUGAGUAAAUCGUUUAUCGAUCGAUAUCGUAUUUGGUUUCAUUUAGUCAAUGUUAUCCUAUUAAUAAUCAGUUCAAUUAUAUUAAUCGUUAGUUUCUAUUCAUUACAACAUAUGUUUAAACAUUCAUUGAAUGGUGUAGCAGCUCUAGGAUUUUUUAUUGGCAUCUUAUUUAUGGUUGCAUUAACUACACAUUCGGCAAUUACAUUUUGGGCUGAUAUUUGGCAUAUGCGUAAUAAAAAAAUAGAAAAAGUUGCAAUAUAG